CUGACCACAUCUCUGUCAUGUCAGGGUGAUCUGGAUCUGCAGCUUCCGCCGCGCGUAAAACCAAACUCUAUUACGCAGCGGAGGCAGGACGCGUAAUAAUAAUAAUAAUCUGCUGUGAUUUCAGACUAAGAUUAAGAUGGGGAACUUCACAACAUCUCCACAGCAGCUGAACCACACUUUAGGAGUGUGGACUGACUACAGCCUCCAGUACAAAGUGACCAGCAGUUUGCUGCUGCUGCUCAUCUGCGUCCUCGGCAUCGUCGGGAACGUGAUGGUGAUCCUCGUGGUUCUGACCACCAAACACAUGCGGACUCCCACCAACUGCUACCUGGUGAGUCUGGCCGUGGCGGACCUGAUGGUGCUCACUGCGGCGGGUCUGCCCACCGUCACGGACAGCGUGUUCGGCUCGUGGGUGUUCGGACACUACGGCUGCCUGUGCAUCACCUACUUCCAGUACCUGGGCAUCAACGCGUCUUCGUGCUCCAUCACCGCCUUCACCAUAGAGCGGUACAUCGCCAUCUGUCACCCCAUCAAAGCGCAGUUCCUCUGCACUUUGUCCAGAGCCAAGAAGAUCAUCCUGCUGGUUUGGGCUUUCACGUGUCUCUACUGCAUGGUGUGGUUCUACCUGUCGGACAUUCAGGAGCUGGUGUACGACAACAUCACCAUCACCACGUGCGGUUACAGGGUGCCCAGGAAGUUCUACCUGCCCAUUUACUUCUUCGACUACGGCGUGUUCUUCGUGUUGCCGCUGCUCCUCUCUGCGGUUCUCUACGGCCUCAUAGCGCGCAUCCUCUUCCUCAACCCGCUGCCCUCUGACCCCAAGGACAAGAAGAAGAACGGACAGUGCAGCAGCGGCGGCGGCAACAACCACGCCAACAACAACCACACCAACAACAACCACAGCAAGAGCAUCAGCUGCAAAAACACGCGCCACUCCAGCUCCACCGCAACAUCCCGCAGACAGGUGACCAAGAUGCUGGCUGUGGUGGUGAUCCUGUUCGCUGCUCUCUGGAUGCCGUACCGCACUCUGGUGGUGGUCAACUCCUUCCUGGACCGGCCCUACCUGGACAACUGGUUCCUGCUCUUCUGCCGCAUUUGCAUCUACCUCAACAGUGCCAUCAACCCGGUCAUCUACAACGCCAUGUCGCAGAAGUUCCGCGCCGCCUUCCGCAAGAUCUGCCGCUGCAGGAGGAAGGGCUCCGACAAACCCGCCACCUACAGCAUGGCGCUCACCUACAGUGCCGUCAAGGAGACGUCCAUGGUGGAGAGCACCGACCACUUCGCGACAGAGCUGGAGGAGCUCACCGUCACGGACGAACUGCUGCCUGACCAGAAAAUGAUGUUUCCCAAUCCGUGUGUCUAUAGGAAGGUGGAUUUCAGUGAAGCCUGAGGUUCACUCGAUGGGUCCGAGGGUCAACUGAGGAUUAAAGACCUGGAAAAUAUCGCUUAAUGGAGUUCUUUAAAUGGGAAUAUUGUUUCUUGAGUGCCUGCUGAACUGCUGUAGCGAGAGAUGUAAAUACAGAUUACAGCCAAUGAUGCACAAAGAAUGAGCCACAAACGCACCGAUAAAUGCUUUUAUCUGCUGUUAUCUUCUCCUGGACCACAUAAAACUGCCAACAACAGCACGGAUCUCCCUUCAAACAUAAGGUGUUCAGUCAAAGUCCACACCAGCACAGACUCGUGGUGAGAGCUUCAAACAGCAGUAUGGUAUCACUGAGUGACAAAACACAAAGAAAUCUUGGGAUUUGACGUUGGGUGAACGUCACAGCCGGUCAGCGAUGUCUUAAUGUUGAAGGACACCACGUCCACACGUCAAUGUUCUUUUUCAGCUGAUUUGUAUUUCAUCGUUCCAUGCUUUCAAUUUUUUGAUAAUCGCGUCCCAACAAAACUUUUCGAGUUGUGUAGCAUUUUAAAUCUUUGCUUCUGUGAAAGGUUUCCGUGAAUUUCAGUCAGAUUACGGUGCAUCAUUUGAUCAAUUUGUUGUUACAGUUGAGGAGGAAGAAGAGAUUUCGAAAUCAUGGAAUCAGCAGCUGUUUCUUUUGGCCAGAAUUAUAAAAGUUAAGGAAACGAGAUUUUGAAUUCACUUUAACCGAGAUAAAAAGAAACAAAGCAGGUCGGAGAGUUGGUUGAAACAUUUUGAGUGAAAACAACUUGGAGAAGACGUUUCAUCUCAUGGAGAAGGUAACAACCAAUCGCAUCACACGACACAACCGUGUCCCACCGGACGAGCAACGGACAGAUGAAGCAAUCUCCGCCCUACAUUGACACACGUUUUUGGUGAUGGUGGAGGAGGAGGAAUUUUACCACUGAAGGGACCGUUGGCUGUUUAGUAAAACAGCCAUUAAGAGGCGCCCUCAUUGUCUGAUCGGCCCUGUGAUUGGUCAAAGUAUCUCUUGUCACAGGUCUGAUUUCCACGAUGAUAUAAACAGAAUCUAAAGGAGGUGCUGGAGUCCACUUCCCAGCUAGCCCAGCUUUAAUUCCCGUGAGUGAACUGACCACACUCCCGCACAAACAGUGAGUCAAAUUUAGGUAGAGGAAAUAUAAAGAAGGUGCAUUUCUUUUAUAUUAGAAAAAAGAAAAACCUUCACCCUGUGCACCAGUUUGCCAUCCGUCUCUCCUCCUCUCACUCCAUUAAGAGCGUGAAUCACACACACACCUGAACCUUCACUUACAAUACAGGCCUUAUUCGUACUGUGAAGGACGUGGAAACAGCCUUGAGCACAUUGUGGAAACCAAGCCUGUCUGUGCUGAGAGUGUCCACGAUUAUCUUAAUACAUGCUUCAUAUUUUCCAUCCUAAUUCUGUGGCAUAUUUGGAAAAAAAGGGUUUUAUAAAUUGUCAGUACUGAUGAAAUGUUGUUGUGUGAUUGUUUGUAGGUUGAUUAUUAGUUGUAUUGUCCAUAAAAUGACUGAUUGGUUUUUAAAAUAAUUUUAAUGUUAGGGUUUUGUGGUUAGUGUCAUCAAUAAUUAAUAACUUAAUCGAAUUGGACAAUAGUGUAUUUCCUUAACUUAAUAACAUUCACUAUAAGUUAAUACCUGGUUUAAUGUGUGUUGCACCUGUGGCCACACCCACUGGUGAUGUCACUGUUUACUGACACGCCUGCAUUGAGGCCUGCAUAGAGGCUGUUGCUCCUGCCAACGUAACCUUUAAAAAACACACAAAUUAAUGUAUUAAUCUUCAUAAAAUUUGAAUGUGAUGAACAGCACUAGUUUCAACUUCAAAAAUAUUGACACUGAAUAUUGACACUGAAUAUCUUAAUUAAGAUAAUUCUACAGUUUUGAGCAGCAUUGGAUUGGUCUUAAACACAGUAUGUUUUACAUUGAGUAUAGAUUGUAUAUAGUGUUACAGAGCUGCAGUAUUGUGUGUGUAAACGUGUGAAUUAUGCUGGAAUCAUUUACCUGAGGCACUAUGAGUUCCACUGAAGCGUCAGUGUUUGUGAUUCCAGGCCGAAGCAAAGUGAAUUUAUUGUUUUGGCUGUUUGUGGCGCUUUCUGUCAUUUUAUCAGUGGCUGCUUAUGAAUUUCAGAGCACAGUUUACCACACACUCACGCACACACACACACACACAAGGAAAAACAGUGUAAUUGUGCAGCAGCAGAAAACACAGUGGAGAAAAAUGAAGCUUUCACUCAAUAAUAACAGGGUUAUUCCAUUCACUACUGUAUAUGGAACAUAUCAAAUAACAGCUACAGUGUUUGUUUAUAAUGAUUGUACCAGUGCUGUUUAUGCCUUGAGUAUCAGUAAAUGUAUGCACUUGUGUAUGCUCCCUGUGUAUUUUAAGUGAUUGUUAUUAUUAUUAUUGUUGGCAGCAAUUAUAAAGCAAUGGUAUCUGUAACUUUCAUUGAUGCACAGGAAGACAAUAGAGUUAUGAUUUUUGUGAUGUGCUAUUUUAAAAACUGCUGCCACUUUUUUUUUUAUCUUGUGAAGAUGUUUAUGAUUGUCUAAAAAUAAUUAAUUUGUAUAUUUUAUCACUUUUUGUCCUGAAUAAAGUUGCUUAUGGGA